CUCUAAUGUCUACAGAUUGCAAUGGGUUUGUGACACACUCCGCUUACAUGUGUGUUUUUUAUAUUAUAUAUGAUACACUCCUGUGCAAUGACAGAAAGCUCCUGAUUUGUCCUGAGGGCCAGGAAUUAAGACCUUAAUGGUCUUAAUGGUUAUUAUCAUAGUUUUCUUCAGCAGAUAUAAAGUUUAACUGCCAUAUGGUGAGAACUCUGUGUUUGGAUAGAAUCUGUGACUGAAAACUAAUUUAUUUUAAUCCAUUUAUUUAUUUGCACUGCUAAUUUCAGUGACAGAUUUUAACAAACAUUUAACUAGAACUUCCAAGUAUCUUAUGUUUUUGUUUUGUCUUCCCUGCUUCUUCUGAUGUAUCAUAAAAUGUUGUGUCAAUGAAUAACUGUUGUAGUAUUAAUUUUAUUUUCAUUAAAGUUCCUUUAUGGCUUUGUUGGUGCUGUUUUGCACUAGGGGAUAUCUGCUGUGGACUUCACUUUGAGUCUCUUUGUUUAAAGAUUCAUGUGAGCUUAUCUGUGCCUCUUUAGUGAUGAAAUUCCAGUCCUGUUACAGGUGUCAGCUGCUCCUGUAAUCCUGAGAGCUGUGAUUUAAAGGAUUUUACAGAAUAAGCUGCAGGGGUCUAAGCCUUUAAGUUGCAGUGAGAUGAUGCCAGGGACUGACAGGCUGAUGAAGACAGGAGCCUGAAAGGACACAUUCAACUGAACAGAGACUCUGGAAAUUGAAUGGAUGAGGAAAAAGUGUCAGAUGUGUCAGCUUGUUCAACUGAUACCAAAGUAUUUACGAGGGAGACAAUUCACUGUGAGGAGUUCAAAAUGAAGAAGAAAGAUAGAGAGGAUUGCAUGGAGCUGUGCCCCCAUCAGUGUGUUGAGAUGGAAAGGUGUGAAAGUAAAGAGCUGGAUGUUGAAAUAAGGAACCUGAUAGGGAAGAGCAACACUUUGGAGUCGUGUGAAGACCCCAAACCUCUUGCCCAAGAGAGGCUGAGCCCCCAGAGAACUUUGUGUUCCCUUAAGAGCCACAGUGAAGGAAAGGCUCCAGGACGGCUUGGAUGCACCUGGGCAGGUGGGAGUGACAUGGAAGCGCCAGCAGAACCAUUGCAGUCAAGGCGCACAUUACUGAGCAAAAAGAAGCCUUUAUCAUCCAAUUCUCUGGAGCAACAGAUUCUCACACUGGAAAGACAGAGACAAGAGCUUUUGGAGGUGAACAAGCAAUGGGAUCAUCAAUUUAGAAGUAUGAAACAGCUUUAUGAAAAGCAGCUGGCAGAGAUGAAGGCAAGGCUGGAUGUUUCGGAGAUAAGAGUGAGCGAGCUGGAGCAGGAGAGGCACCAGCAGCAUCCAGAGGAGGAGAGGUGGCGAGUGCUGGGCAGAGAGAGGCUGUUGCAGGAAAAGAAAGAUACAGAGGUCCUUAGUGAAGUUCUCCAUGAAAUGAAGGAAGAGAACAGGCUCCUGAAGCAGAAGAACGCCUCAAUGACCAGGAGGAAGGAAUACUAUGAGAGUGAAAUAAGCCGUCUCAACAAGGCCCUUCUGGACACAUUGAAAAAGCAGCACCCACCUGUUGUUGGGACUCCUCCAGGGAAGGGUGACAGGAAUAGCACUGAAGAGAUGAGAACCCAACUUGAAGUUCUUAAACAGCAGGUCCAAAUAUACGAAGAAGACUUCAGGAAGGAGAGAUCUGACCGAGAGAGGCUUAAUGAGGAGAAAGAAGCAUUGCAGAAAAUUAAUGAGAGAUUACAAUCUCAACUGAGUAAACUCAGCUCUCAGACAAAAGACCUCCCAGCACAGCCUGAGAGGCCCAGUUACCCAGCUCCACUCUUUCUCUCUCCGUGUGUCAGUUAUGGGGGUUGUGGGAUGGUUCUUCACUGUCCGGAUCCUCGGGCACAUCCAGUGUCUCACAUGGUGCAGCAGCGCUCGCCAGACUAUCAGUGGUAUGUUCCUGACCAGCUUCCGCCAGAUGUGCAGCACAAGGCAAAUGAUUCUUUCCUGGAGAAGGGAGCCCAUCGCUGAUAGCCUCCGGCCUGGAGAAGUGUAAACCAAAGGCUGCAAGGGACACUUGCAACUUCAUUAUUCUGUUUUCUUCUGGGGUUUUUUUGCUCCUAGCUCCUUAUCUCUUCAGUGCAUGUGAUUUAUGCCUGGUAAAAUCCCUGUGAGGACAAUAGAAAAGCAGCUCAUACAGGCUGGUGAUCCUCAGGAUCCAGUUAAACUCUGCUGGGAAGCGUUACUGCCCUUUGUUCUGAAGAUGCUGUUUGUGCUGCCUUGUGAGAAUCUCUUUAAAAGCCUGAUGAGAAGAGAUGCAGUUCUUGCUGCAGAUUCAGACUGUAACAUCUGGUUUGAAUUCAAGAGCUUACAAGCCCAAUAGUGGUGUGAUAUUUUUGUUGUUGUUGUUGUUUUCGUUUGGGAAUGAUGAAGCUUUUUAUUUGAGUCCAGGGAAAGAUUUGUUGAUUGAUCACCUUGAAUUCUGUCCGCUCCUUGGUUGGUAAAAGGGAAAUCUGCUUCAGUGUUUAAACUCCUUUGUGUAAUUGUGAUUAGGAUACCACCCAUGCCAGGCCAGGUAAAAGGUGCCCACUUCCCCUUUUUCAGUCCAGGUCAGAUCUCCUUUAGUUUUGGCUCUCAAAUUACAUGUAAAACAUAAACACAGGGGUUUUUUUUCCUGUGUGUAUUUAUUUGUAUUGCAAGAAUUUUAGUAGAAAUAUUGAAUUGGUUUAACUUCUCAGUGAAUGUGGUCUUAUAUUUCCAAAUUUCUCUUGUAAUGAAUCUGAACAUCAUGUAACCUCUAACCAAGAAUAAAACCUGACUUUUUAAGUGAAA